UGUGUGCUGUUCUUCCUCUUGCCACAUCUUGGCUUGAUUGUUCUAUUGGCAAAGAGCGUGGUCGUCUCACAAAACGUAAAAAAUUCAUAUUUAUAAUGCACACGCAUGAGCUUUUUAAAAUACCAACGGAUGACGACGAGCUUGCCGAUAUUGAUGACGAUAUGGUAGUUGGUGUUAUAGCUGAGAUUGAGCAAGAAGUUCUAAACGAAUCGGAUAGCGACGACGACGAGUAUGAUUUGGUAGAUAUGGAUGCACCAGAGCCGCAUAUUGAUGGGCGCGGAAGCUCAAAUGUAAGCAGUUGCAGCGAUGACAGUUUUGAUCCGAAUGCCGUGGACUCUGACUCCGAUGAUUCUAUGUACGAUGCAGAGAAGACCGCCGAUGGUGCAACGAAUGCAAAGCGUCGCAAAGAACAAGUCACAAAUGAUGCAAACAGAGCUAGUGGCUCUGGUACCAGUGGUGGAGCUGCAGAUCUUACACACUUGGACGAAGAUGACGAAACUGAUGAAACAGUGCGUGCCAUUAUAGCUGCCAUUAAAAAACCCCGUAGUGCGCCACCUGAAAUUAAGUUGGAGGAUUUCAUAACAGACAUUUGUUUCCACCCGGAGCGCGACAUUAUUGCGUUGGCUACCAUUAUAGGCGAUGUACAUCUGUAUGAGUAUUCCAACAAGGAGAAUAAGCUAUUGCGCUCCAUUGAGGUUCAUGCUAAAUCAUGUCGUGAUGUUGAAUUCAGCGAGGAUGGACGUAGUCUCAUUACCUGCUCCAAAGACAAGUGUGUUAUGGUCACGGACAUGGAAACAGAAAAGCUGAAGAAACUGUACGAAACGGCUCACGAUGAUGCAAUCAAUAAGAUACAUGUUCUAGAUGAGCGGCUGUUUGCUACUGGUGAUGAUGCCGGAACUGUUAAACUGUGGGACUUGCGCACCAAGGAUGCAAUUUUUGAGCUAAAGGAAGUCGAAGAUCAAAUUACACAAAUACUGACCAACGAUGAAAACAAGCUGUUGUUGGCCACUAGCGCCGAUGGCUAUCUCACCACUUAUAAUAUUGGUGCUCGCAAAUUGUAUGUGCAAUCGGAGCCCUAUGAAGAAGAGCUAAAUUGCAUGGGCAUUUAUCGAGGUAGCUCCAAGUUGGUAGCAGGCACAUCAAAGGGUCGAUUAUACACUUAUAAUUGGGGUUACUUUGGUUAUCAUUGUGACAUGUAUCCGGGUAUAAAGAGUCCCAUUAGCCUAAUGGUGCCCAUAACAGAUCGCAUAGCUUGUGUCGCUGGUGAAGAUGGUAACAUACGUGCCUGCCACAUUGCGCCAUAUCGCAAUUUGGGAGUUGUGGGCCAGCACAAUAUGCCCAUUGAGUCCAUGGAUAUUAGCAAUAAUGGCGAGCUGUUGGCCUCCUCGUCGCACAACAAUGAUGUACGUUUCUGGAAUGUGAAAUACUUUGAGGAUUUUGCUGACAUCAAAUACAAUGAGAAGCACAAUGCCUACAAAGACAAGAGGCACAAUUUGCCAUCAUCAAAGUGCACAAACGUGUCAGACUUUUUUGCAGAUAUGACUAAAGAGAAUGAUGAUGAUGACGACGACGAUACAGCUGGUGGAGACAUAAAUGCAGCAAUGUAACUUAAAAUUUAAUUUUAGGCAUUAUACGCAGAUUAUUGUUAAAACAUUUCUUAACAAAUUUUAGAUUAUAGAAAUAAGUCUAUAAAAGCUUACAAAAUAAAGUUAGUAUGUACCUUGGAAAUAUAGUCUUGCUAUUUGCUUAUAAACCCAGAUGAAGAAAAAAUUAGUGUAAAUGCUUAACUUAAAGAAGGUGCACCCUGAGAAGCUAUUUUAGGUUGAGUUGUACACUCUAUUGGUUUGUUAUUAUAUAAUUUAGGUGACUACUCGGCCAUCAAGCCUGGAACUUUGCCUACUUUUCACCAUAUUUCCUACAC